CUGUGUUGUUCAGGAGGUUACCGCGUGGUUUCUCUGACCAAAAAAAAAAAAAAAACAAAAGUCGUGUGGAACCGUUUAGAUUGAGGUAUUAUUUUCAGAGAGAAAAAAAACGAACGAUCCCAUUGGUUUGUAAGAAGAAUCUGACCAUGACAAUAGUUGUUCUGCGUUUGCAAGGUUUAAACACAGAGGCGGGAUCUGAAGACAUCCGAAGAUUUUUCCAUGGCUUGCACAUACCUGAGGGUGGUGUUCAUAUUAUCGGUGGCAAGAUGGGUGAAGCUUUUAUCAUUUUUAAUUCAGAGAGAGAAGGCCAACUAGCCAUGCGAUACUCCGGAAAACUCCUCAGAGGCUCUUCUGUUUCAUUACAUAUUAGCAGUCUGGCUGAACUCAAGAGAAAAAUGGAGUCACGAUUAAAGAAACCAAAGUCCACAGCAGUGGAGACUAAAACAGUGCCAUCAUCCCCACCUGACAACAAUAGAGGUCUUUUGCUUAGUCUAAUGACUGCCAUUCAAGGACUGCAUUCAAAUGAAAAAGUGGAUCAAGGCCAAGUGCCUGAAAAUUUCAACCAAAAUGUUCCAGAAAAUGAUAAAUGGUCCUCAACAGACAACCAAACAAUUAAGGAUGCGCCACAUAGUCUAACUCAUGACAUGGCACCUAAGGAGCAAAAAAGCAGUGGAGAAAACCUCAAUUCCUAUAAGCCAGGCUAUCUUCGACUUUAUGGAUUUCCUGACUCCGUUUCCAAAGAAGAGAUCUACCAGUUCCUACUGGGACUUCCAGUGUUGGAAGUCAUCACAAAAGUUAGACUGUCACUGGGUUGGUGUUGUCUUGUGAAGCUGGCGAGUUUCACAGAUGCUGAGGAGGGGCUGAAAUACAGCCAUAGGAAAUUCAAAGAAUACCAUGUUGAGGUCAGACUUGCCCAUGAAAAGAUGUGGACCGAUGCUGUGGAGCAGUCCAAAAAUUUCAUGCAAAACAUCAAACCUCACACUUUCUCAGAGCGAAGGGAAGUUAACACGGAAAGAAAUGCAAUCAGAGGUUUCUCAACCAAAAGAAGUGCAGAGGAGUCACUCUCUCGUGGACCUCCAAAAAAAUACAGCAGAAACUUUACAUCCCCUCAAACAGAACUUUGUGUUAUUGUCAAUAAUCUUUCAAAGAAUAUAACCAAGACCGAGAUCAAGGAUAUUUUUGGCUGUCAUGCAAUCCCAAACUACAGAAUAAAGCAUUUAUUGAAUAAGUGGAGAGAGCGGACAAGCACUGCAUUUAUUACCUUUGAGCAUGCAGAAGACUAUGCCUCAGCUCUUAACAUGAAUGGCACAAAUGUUGGCUUAAAGGACAUUGAAGUGUCAGCCAUUACUAAAGAAGAAAUGCUUGCUAUACUCCGCAAAAACAGAUGUGCUAAUGUCUGGAGGCCACCACUUCAUGGAAAUCCUCAUUCAGACAUGUCAUGUGUAUAUGCACGCAAUUUUCCUGCAGAUGUAAGAAAAGUAGAGGUGAGAGACUUUUUCAGGCGCUUUAACGUCUGUGAAGAUGCAAUCAUAUUGCUUGUGGACAGCCAGGGAAGUGGUGUCGGGGAAGCCAUCGUGCAGUUUGAAUGUGAGGACAUCGCCAAACAGGCCCAGAGUUUCCAUGGGAAGUAUUUCAUGGGAGCAAAAAUUCUACUCACUUGUAUCACACAUCAACAGAGGGAGAAGAUACUUGGUACAUUGUGAAUGACUGGAGAAUUGGAAUGUUCUCAGCACUUUGAAACAACAGCAGUAGUGUAAACUCCUGGUGUAAAACGUAAAGGACGACAACUAAAUCAUUUGAAGAUCCAGUGUAAGCUUUAUCAUUAGCUCUGUGAGCUGUAUAUAAAAGCAAUAUUAUAGGUUCAACAAUUGAAGAUGCCCAUUAAGGAUUUUGAGUACCACAUGAAAGGAGUGUACCAAAAAAAAAAAACUCUUUUGUACAGUAGUUGCCAAACUACAGUAGUCAACAUUUGAAGUGGAUCAAAGUUGUCCUAAUACAAAAACAGGUAUUGUUUUGGAUUUAGGACAACUUGAUGAAAUGUUUUGAUCCACUUCAAAUGUUGACCAGUGUAUUCAGGUCUGCUACAAGUGAAUAAAUAAUACUGGUUUACUUUCACAUUUAAAGUGCAAACUGAAUUAAAUUUUGCACUUCUUUCCUUGGUUGUAGCUGCUGAACAUACAGCUUACUGGCUUCCAUUAAAAACAGAUACAUCACAUAUCUUGUAUUGCAUAUUAAUAUUUAGUUAUUUCGGUUUAACAGUAUAUAUUUUAACAGAAGGAAUAGGUUAUAAACUUUUUUUUUUCCCUUUGGACUAAUUGAUUCAGUAUUUGAUCUGACAUUUGCAUAUGCAGUCCUGUUUGUAAAAAAAAAUAAAUAAAUAAAUAAAAUAAAAUAAAACAACCAUUUUUAGUUAUGUCUUGAUGACCAGAUAGAUUUGCUUUUCAUUUGACAUGUAUAUUUGAUGAUAUAUUGUAAUUAAACUUAAUAGAAAUUUGAUAUGCAAUAUCAA